AUGGCGAAAGCAGCAGCAACCACGUCCACAGCGGCGGCGAGCAACAUCCUCGACGUGCUCAUCAUUGGUGCUGGCUGGUCGGGUCUCUCGGCCGCGCUGAAACUCUCCCAAGCCGGACGCAAGGUGGCCAUCCUCGAAGCGCGCGAACGCAUCGGCGGUCGAGCAUUCACGCAUACCUGGUCGGACAAGACGGACGUCAACGACAAUGCGCGCACCACCUCUUCGCCCAACGCGAGCGACUACUGGUGCGACUUUGGCUCGUCGUGGAUGCACGGCUAUCUCGAGGGCAGCCCGUUGAAGCAGCUCACGGACAAGUACAACAUCCCCGUCACCAUCCCGAGUCCACGCGAGACGGUCGUAGUGGGCGAGCAGGGCCCGCUGCCGCAGUUGCUGUCGCAGAAGCUGACGGGGAACCUGGGCAAGGCGCAGGAGGCCGCCAAGGCCGCUGCGCAUGAUCAGUCUGCGACGCCGCCCGAUGUGAGCACGUCUCUCGGCGACUUUUUGUACAGCGACAACUCUCCCCUGUUUGCGGGUCUCGAGUCCGAGAGCGAGAAGACGGCCGCUCGUGAGCUCGCACGGAUGCUGCACAUCCCGCUGGGCAUCGAGCUGGAGAAAGCGAGUCUCAAAUUUUUCGGCUUCGAGAAUGCCUUUGCCGGCACCGACGCUGCACCCAAAGGCGGCUUCACCGCCAUCAUCAACAAGCUCGUCGACGAGGUCACCUCGCUGGGCACAUCGAUCCACACCAGCCAAGAAGUGCAGUCGGUGCUUGAUGAGGAUCAAUCGUCCAACGUCAAGAUCACCACCAAACAGGGCCAGGAGUACGUCGCGCGCACCGCCCUUGUCACGAUUCCUAUCGCCGUGCUCAAGAAGACCGCUGGUGGACUGUUCGAACCCGCUCUGCCAGAGAGGAGGCUCGAGACGAUCAAGCGUGUGUCGGUGGGCAACUUGAACAAGGUGCUGCUGCACUACGAUCAGCCGUGGUGGAAUGGCAACACGGGCACGUUCCUCGUGCUGCCCUCGUCUGCAUCCGCGCCUGCAUCGAUCAAGAAGGAUGCAGAGAAGAAGCUGUGGGAGCUGUACUCGUCGACCACGCUCAUCGUCUCGUCUCUGAGCGGAGAUGGUGCGGGCGCUUCCAACUCGCUGCUCGUCAUGGUGGGUGGAGAGUCAGCCAAGCAGCUCGAGGCGUUCGAGCGAUUGGACGCUGGCAAUGCUCUGCAUGCCUACCUGACAACGCGUAUCGUCGGCGAAGCGAGCGACAAGCUUCCCAAGCACGUGUUCUACUCGAGGUGGGCCAAGCAGGCGUUCACCGGUGGUGCUACUACAUCGCCUGUGUCGACCGCGCCCGGUAACUCGCCGCUGGACUUUGAGGCGCUGUCGAGACCUCUUUGGAGCGGUCGGCUUGGAUUUGCCGGCGAACACACCGAGAUCAACCACCGAGGCUCUGCAGCGGGCGCUUUUGUUUCUGGAGAAAGAGAGGCGAACCGCCUGGUGGCUUACCUGGACAAGUUUCAUCCUCGAACGGCCGCGAACAAGCUCUGA